AGUUACAUUACUGUUCUUUUACUUCCUCUUUGAAGACAAUGACCAAGUUGGUCGUAGUCGUUCUCCCUCUUAUCUGCUCGUUACUUGUUAUAUUUCAAGGAUGUGCGUCAACUCGGUCCAACUUCGUACCGGUCACUCCUGACACUUCCUCUCCAAAUCAUAUUACCACUACGGCAAGUCCAUGGAGUGCUACUCCUGGUGAGACUACGACUACAUCGCCGGGCUCUCCUAGUGAUGAUACCAGCAGUAGUAGUCCGACUACACGGACGACUCCGACGACUGACAAUACGCCCUAUACGUGUGAUUCUGCGACGGCCGCUAUUGUCGGCACUUACCGAGGCCCCUUCGACGGUAGCAGCACCCAAGGGGUUUCCCUUCAAUUUUCCCAGUUCAAGAAAAUCGGCGUCAUGGCUGGUUCCUAUGAUAGCACCUCGUUCAGUUAUAGUAACAUAUACUACGAGUUCGUCUCGGGUCAAUCAUGGUUUAGCUUGAGGCCUUUCGAUGACUCCGAUGAUCUUCUGAGAUUGUUCAACCUUCAGAGCAUGGACCAGGUCCGAGUGUACAUAAGCCAUCAAUGUCAACCUAUUCGUAUCGAUUUCGGCUCGACUACUUCUGCUAAUCUCGCAAAGGACGUAUAAGCCUGUCUCCUACAGUGUGUAUGAUUUCUGUUGUGAAUAAGGAGCUCUGUGAAGCAUUCACCCAAUACCUCUUUCUGUGAGA